AUGCUCGACCAACCUGCGGAAAUUGCUCUUCACACAGCGCAGUAUGCGUAUACGAAGACUCAGAUGAUGUCUCUGCGUAAGGAAUUCGCCCUCAUCUGUGCAGGUCAAGCAACUUUUCUUGGCUCGUCUCCCAAAUUGCUAAUGCGAUGCACUAGAUUUGAUCCUGCUAGCAUUGCCAUCCUCGAUAAAUUGAAUCAGGUACUCUCCAGGUUGGACCGCUUGCCAUCGUCUCCAGGCCAAGAAAAUGGCGGCUUGGCUGCAGAGCUCUCGUACGCUGCCGUUUCGACGCCUAGUAACCCAGUCCCACUAGCACCUCGCGGAACCACAGACGAGGCCCCUGUCGAGGUUCAAGACAUCUCAAGAGACGACUUGUCGAUCCCAUCCGCAAGGACGACAUGUGAGGCUGUCCUUCAGUGGCCAGUGCUCGAGUGCUCUUAUCCCCCGAAUUACAUCAUCGACGCUGUUUUUGAAACGGGUAUUGUGGAUAGCGACUCUGAAGAGGAGGAUGAGAAGGAAAGCUCGAAUCUGUCACUAUUGAACAAGUCCAGAACACAUGGAUUCAACGAAGAGGAUGUAUUGCCGUUGGUACAGAGGUUCCUCGAUCUUGUGCACACCAAAAAUCCAGUUCUCGAGGCCGACACUUUGUGGUCCUACGCCCGGCGCGUCGCAGAAGAUGGACUUAAGUGGGACUCGAGGUCUUGCAUGGUGCUGCUUGCGUGCGCUCUUGGCUCUGUAGCCCGCUCGUUCCCAGAGGGUACCUCGAUGCCCAGCCCUGGCGCCACAUCUUCGCUCAAGUCUCAGGCUGAAAGUCUUCACAGCGGCGAGGUCUACUACAACCUUGCGCGUCGGAGAUUUGGUUUGCUCCAAAAGGGAUUACUCGCACCCCAAUGUCAUUUCUUCGCAGGCGUUUACAUGAUGUACACGCUGAGACCAUUGCUCGCAUGGACACAGUUCCAUUCAGCUUCCAGAUCGUAUCAUGUCUACCUUCAGUGCCAAUCCCGCAGAACGAAUUCCCUGACAAGCGGCUCAGGGUCUGCACGGCGUCGCCAACUAGAGCAGCGACUUUACUGGAGUUGUUACAAGUCUGAGUGCGAGCUCCGAGCCGAGAUGGAUCUUCCCAACAGCUCGUUGGCGUCGUUCAACUAUCCGGAUAUGCACCCUUCACCGCCUGACAUGGAUACACCGAGUUCCGACCCGGUGGACCAGGCGAACCAGAUUGCUGGGCACCCACCAUCAGUGCCAGGCCGUCUAUCAGCUUCUUCGAUACAGCAGCAGGAGGAAAGCUGGUACUACUACUUGACCGAAAUCACUCUCAGGAGGAUCGCAAACGACAUUCUGAAUGAGUUUUACCAGAAUGGACAUGAAGGGUGGAAUACCGAAACAAUCGGCUUCAUGGCUCAAGCAGCACGCGGGUUCGAACAGCAACUAUCUGACUGGUAUGAGUCCAUCGGUUGA